AGACUACACAAUGGCUCCUGGCGGAUAUUAGGCAGCAAACGACGUGUGUUUUGAAGGGGCCCGACUGUGUGCAUUGUGUCAAUGACAUUUAAGUAGAAUGACGCAUCCACACACAAAUCAGAACAGCAACAGAACUGAGAUCAGAGCAGUCGAGAAAACGCUAAUUUCUUGAUACUUGGAGAAGGCUUCCUAUCUGUAUUUGUGCCCGUCUUCCAUAGUCUCUCCCCGUAUGGAAUGGGUUCCACGGGGCAGCAGACCAACCGUUUUGUCGACUAUUUCGCCGUGUGUGGACUGGAGCCUUCGGCAGUUCUUCAGCCGGGACAGUUCUCGGGUGAGAACACACACCAUGUGCACCCACUACUCAGGGGGUACAAAUCGGCGGUCCUAUCCCACUACCCAACGGCCGUGGAAGGCAACACGUUUGAAAGUGAUGGAAUUAACAUGCUGUGUAUGCCCAAAGGGCUGACCGUCCGUACCCAGAAGCAAGACCGUGAGCCCAAAUUCCACUCCUUCCUCAUGACCAGGGAGGAUGGAUCCAGGACCUAUGGUGCAGCGCUCACCUUCUACGAGCAGGCGACGUCCCCACGCAUCUGUGCAGGAAUGGAAGUCUUGCAGAUUAAGUAUAAGGAGGACUCACUGCACCGUAAGCUCAGCAACAUCGAGUCUCCGUCCCGCUCCCACGUCAUCCUAGAGAGCCUGUCUCCUAAGAUGGACCGUCGAGGCUUCUCCCCUAAACACCGCCGCUCCUCCAGUCCUGGCAUCUCCAUGCAGUCUCCUAAGAUGAGGAGAAAGACCACGCCCGUCCACGUACCCAAACAGAAGAAAGUGGCCAACUUUGACCCCUUGAAUGAUACGCUCUACGUGGCCAAAUGCAUAUGCCUGAUCAUGCAGGUACCCUUCAUCCAGCCUUGCCGUCGCUUCCUGGAGUCCGUCUACAGUGCAAUCAAUUCCCCCUCCGCCCCGGCCCUUCCACUAGAAUCCUACAUCUUCAACAUCCUCUAUGAGGUCCCUUCCCUGCCUCCAGGCCGGACCCUCAGCUUCAGCGCUCCAGGAGAGACCAUCGUCUGUCAGCGGCCGGCUUCAACAGAGCUGCCUCUGUGUGAUAACUCAAUGAGGGAGUGUGUGGAGUUACUGGGGGUAGAGCACCUGAUGGAACUGAUGACUUGUGCCCUGCUAGAGAGUCAGAUACUUCUGGUAUCCAGAGAGUAUCAUCGCCUCAUGCUGGUAGCAGAAUGCCUAUCCGCCCUGCUCUUCCCGUUCCAGUGGCAGCACGUCUACGUCCCUAUCCUUCCAGCCAACCUCAUGCAUUUCCUUGAUGCACCUGUUCCUUUCAUCAUGGGGCUACACCUAGAUGAGGGAAUGGAUCAGACUAACCAGCUGGAGAUUCCCAGCCAUGCUGCUUUGUGCUUUGUAGACAUCGACAACAACUGCAUAGAUCUCCCAGAAGACCUCCCCCUCUUUCCAAACAGACACCACGUUGUCCACGACCUCACGCAGGUCCUACAACGAUUCAACGUUUCCCCCAAACCCCUGACUGAAAAAACUCCCACCCGGACCCCAACAAGGGGCGAGGGAAGUUUUGAUUGGUCGUUUCUCAAGACAGAACUUACUCUGAUUGGUGGAUCAGGCCGGAACCUGGAAAGUUCCAUCGAGGCGGACCAGGACAGUUCCUACUUCAGUUCACCGAGUCGUGGGGAAUCCCCUACAUCAAUCCCGCCAUCCAAAACGGACAUUCUACGUAAUAAUGAGAUUGUCUCAAAGGUAGCAGCGAUUGUAAAGCGUACAGGGGUCAUAACGUCCAUCAGUGAACUGGAAGACAGGAACAGUAACACCACGUCGCCCGAUGGUGACACGAACCCCGAAACUUGGAAUCCAGAACUGAAGAAGGACGUGGAGGAACUUAGUUUGAACUCAGCCAUCAGGGAACUCUUCUUGAGUAAGAUGGUGGAACUCCUCAGGCACUAUGAGACGUUUGUCAUCCAGCCAACCAGUCACAGCAUUGAGUCCUGGUUUGCCAACAGGGAACACAUGCAAAAUUUUGAUAAGGCUUCAUUCCUCUCAGACCAGCCAGAGGCCUACCUCCCCUUCCUCUUCCCCUUCGUGGAGACCCAGAUGUUUGCCACCUUCAUCGACAACAAGAUCAUCUCCAACUGGGAGGAGAAGGAGGAAGCUCUUAAGAUCUUUGAUAGUCGGAUCGAUCACUUCCCGGCCAGUAACCCCCAGACACCAGACUGUGAGAUUGACCAGUUGCUAAUCAGCGACGCAGAGGCCAACAUCAGGCAGCGAGCGGUGAACAUUGACUACACGGCCCCCAGCCCCCAUGAGCUGACCAGCAAACCAGCUGAUAACAAUCACAAGCCUGGCUACUUCCCAAAACUACAGGAGGAGGUGCUACUGAAGGAACCCUUCACACCAAAAAACAAGCACAGGAACAACGCUCCUUGGAGACGGAAGGAGAGACAGCAACAGCAUUCAGAGCAUCUUCAGUUGGCUCCGCAGGAACGAGAGCAAAUCAUUCAGCAGGCCAGGAAGGGAACAGUGCCCCAGCCAGUCCUGUCUCACCUAGACCAGAAACAAACCAACUGGAAGUUUGUGGAGGGACUUCUAAAGGAGUGUAAAGUCAAGACCAAGAAGAUGUUAGUGAGUAAGAUGGGUCAGGAGGCGGUAGAGUUGGGUCACGGUGACGUCAACCGAUCAGGAGUGGAGGAGAACACACUCAUUGCAUCACUCUGUGACCUGCUGGAGAGAAUCUUCAGUCAUGGAAUACAGAAGAAACAGGGGAAAUCAGCUCUCUGGUCCCAUGUGAUGGGCUACCGUAAGAUGAAGGAGAAGAGAGAGACGUUACCUGAGCACAGUCUUUCAGUCCCACCCCAGGGGUCAGAGGUCAGACGUAGGAGUAGCUCAGCAGCAGACCCGGCCCUCAACCCAUUACCCACGGAUCUGCUCUUUGAUGUCAGAAACGUGGAGAGCAUGAGCCAGAUCAAGACUGAUGUAGGGAAUGCCCGUGCCUUUGUCCGCCUUGCCUUAGAGAGAAAACUCCUGCAUAAACAUCUCAAGCUCUUGCUGACAGACUAUGAGCUCUGCAAGAAACGUUACAAGCGCUACGCCUUCCUGAGGACUGAAGAAGAGAAGGAGCAGUUCCUGUAUCAUCUCCUGUCUCUCAACGCUGUCGAUUACUUCUGCUUCACCAACUCUUUCAUUAGCACAGUUGUCUCAUACCGAGUCCUUGUCGUCACAAGUCGCAAGUUCCAAGCAGCCACCUCAGCCAACACCUGGAUCUGUGUCUCAGGCGAGAUGAACGACUCCAAGAUGAUCUCUAUUCCCAAGAACUCUCAGGACUUUGUAUUCCAGCAUAGCAAUCUGGGCAUUCUAACGACGGUGCGCAUCGGCCAUGACAACACAGGCCUGCUACCCCGGUGGAUGGUAGAUUACAUCUUGGUGCGCAACGAGAUCACAGGACACACCUACAAGUUCCCCUGUGGUCGAUGGAUUGGCCGGGGCGUAGAUGACGACAGUCUAGAACGUCUCCUAGUCGGUGAGCUGCUGCCACCCCCUGCGGAGUGUGAGGAACAAGCCCGUGGCUCCCGUACCCCACCACGAUCCACCUCCCCGAUCCUCUCCCGACAAGCUAAGGGUCAGGCUCCUAAGCUGGAUAGAGACGGGAUUCAGGAGAUGUUGACUGAUGCUGUCAAUAAUAUCGUCAAGCAUUUCUAUAAACCAGAGAAGGAGCGAGGUCGGUUGACUGUGCUGCUUUGCGGAGAGCGUGGUCUCGUCCAGUGCAUGGAGAUUGUCCUACAGUAUGGCUUCCGUUCAGCAAGGAUCUUCAGGAACAACUUCUUCAUCUGGGACUUUCUAGAGAAAGUUGCUAAGUACCUGGACAGUAUUGACCAGGAUGACGAAGGCAGACUGGGGUCAGUCCAGGAGAAGCGAGCCAGACGAACCUUCUGCUUCACCAUCCAUCAAAUCAACCAAGGAGCUGCCCAAGCAGGCAAGGACGGAAAGUUCCAACUCUUUGUCUGCAUUGGAAUAAGGGAUCACAUGUUGCAUUGGUGGCUCCCAGUCCUAUCUGAGACGCCUGUCGCUGCCUCAAUGUACGAAGACUUCUCCUUCUUGAACUGCACCUCCGCUCUGGACUUCCUUGUCAAUCUCCUGAUGCAGCUGGAUGAGUUCCCUAUCUCCCUAGAGUCCUCCAUCACCAAGGGGGUGGAGUUAUAGCAAGUGGGUGGAGUUAUAGCAAGGGGUGGAGUUACAGCGAGUGGGUGGAGUCACAGUAGUCAGGCGGUAAGUGGACAAGUUAGCCAUGCCUUCUAGAUACCUUCAUCAUCAAGGGAUGUAUUAAGAAACCGUAACAAUCAAGUUAGCCACGCCCCUAGAGACCUCCAUCACAAAGGGGGUGGAGCUAAAGCAAGGGGGUGGAGACAUAGCACCAGCAGGCAAGUUAGCCACUCCCCUAGAGAUUUUAUCACCACAGUGGAUGGAUUUAGAAAAAUUUCGCAAUCUAGCGGCAUCUUUACAUAUUCCCCCUUCCUGUUUUUAGAAACGAGAAAUGCUCUUCCUCCCUAUGGCCAAUGUGUAAUGGUUGUAUUUGAAACUCUGGAAUUAAAGAUAGUUUUAGAUUUCUGAAGUGUUAGAUGGAGAAAACAGAGUAAGUUUUCUCUUUGGAAUAUAAUUGAUCAAAAUAUCAGAAAUGUUUGCAGAUAAAAAAAAUCAUGAAAAUUUGACCCUUCAUUGCUGUAAUUCAGUGUGUUGUAACACUGUUAGAUUUAACAGAUCCUGUUGGAGAAAAAAGACUGAGAUUUUGAAGUUUUCUUGAGAAUUACAAUGGUGCUAUGAAAUCUUAUGAAUUUACUCUGUCUUUAAUUUUUUUUAGGAAAGUUCUCACUGACUAAAUUAAAAGAUCAUGGGGAAAAUUCUUUUCAACUUUUGAAUGGCAGAAAUUACUUAAAAGGUUUACAUAUUUUUUAGAAAGCUCUGAUAAAGAGGAAUGUUUAAUCCAAAUAGUGUAUAAAAGUGACCUCAAAUUGGUGUCUUUGUGUGUAAAACUGAACAGAUCUUUGAAAGUAUUUCAAUUAUCUGUUCGUCUUCGCAAACAACCAAAUCUUUUCCAGUAUAUACCUCAAUGUCCUGUAGUAAAAAUAAUGUACAAAAAACUAGUCUUCACUUUCGUACAUAAUUUGUGCAAUGCGAAAGAGCAAUACAUACAUUUUUUUGUAGGUGGAGAAAAGGGAAAAAAAAUCCUCAAUUGUAUUUUCCGUAUCCUCAAAAAGAAAAAUUUGAAUUUUAUCUUGUUACCUUACUAUAGAAUGAAGAUACCUGUAUUUUGAUAGAAGUGCGAUUUAUAGAUAUGUGAUGUACAUAGUGUUUAUUUUGAAAGACCGACACAGAGUUGCUGGUGAGAGAAUGAGAGAUUGAAUCUAUGCCAAUGUCUGAUGGAACAAUUUGUCUUUGGUACAGUGGCAUUUAAAGCAGUUAUGUUUUAAAAUGUUAAAGCUACAGGUUUGCCUAUUACUUUGAAUAGACCUUUUGCGAUAAGGCAGAAGAGGGCAAUGUUUUGUAUCGCUGGGAUAGGCAUGUGUGAAUCUAAUGCGCAUGCAUUGUUACUGAAUUCAAAUAACAAAGAGCGCCCUCAGAGACACCCGCAACGCAUAAGGUCUAUCUGGCUUGAUGUUCAUAAGCUCAAGUUGCACAAAGAAAAUACCACCAAUUAACAAUGUCAGAUUCUGAAGGAUUCGGUCAACUUCCAAUUAAAAUGCACAAUGCGUAAUUGGAUUUUAUUGACAGUAAACAGUGAAGUAAGAAAGCAAUAUUUUUUAGUGUAGCAUUACAUGUGAGGCUCUAAACAGCAAAGGUGAUGUUGGGAACUAGGUUAUCAAUGCCAUUAUUUAUCUGCAAAUCUUAUUGCACAUCUGAAUUAAUUAUUGAUAUUUAAAUGUACUUUUAAUGGCUUCAUUAUGAAACGGUAAUGAUAUGGUAGUUCAUAUUGACCUAUCAUGUUUAUGUUAAUUUUCGAUAUUUACAACUCCUUAAAAAUGCAGUUUUACGUCAUAUAUGUAGAAACCUUUUAAUUUAUAACGGUUGGUUUUUGAACAGUAUUAAAGGUAAUUCCAGUUGUUUUUAUCCAUUUGCUUUAUCCAACACCAAGAUCCAUGCUGUUGGGGAAUAAGCCCUUUUUAAAUAUUACCUGUAUAAAUAUAUUGAUUUAAUAUAACCGAAAGAGUUAAUAUGCCAAUAUUCUAUAUUUGAUCUUGCCAAUAGUUACAUGUACACGUGAAUGCGACCGGGUAUUUUUAGUUGGCACCUUUAAUUUCAUAAUUUGUUACUUAAGGCAAUUAGGUUAAUUAACAUUUAAAGGUGCGUGCACCCUUUGCACCCUUCCAUUGAAGAAGCAUGCAUCAUACAUGUACCGGUAGCUGCAGAAAUCGAAUCUGACCCAAAUAAGCAUGGUCACCUUUAAUAUACAAUUCGGUGUUCCGAAGUUCAGUUCUGCGCUCGGCAUUUGAGAUAAGUUAGAGUGAGAUUUUCUCUUUUUUUUGUGUUUAUUUAUUUUUCAUAAACUGCAGCUGUGAGAAACGGAUUAAUUUUGAAAAGUCCACAACUUUUUUUGUUACACCCUUAAUUUAGUCCAAUAUUUAACUUAGUUUUGUUUUCUUUGAAGGGAUUAAAUUAAAUAACUUUAUCCAUUAUUUGUCAGUGAUUUGGGUGUUCCCAACCCACCGCAGUUACAACUUCACAGACAUUUCUGAAUAUCGCUAUUAAUUUUUAAAAUUGUUCUCCUUUGCACAGACUCGUGUACAUUGUUAUAUUAAUCAUGUUAACCAUUUAAAUAUAUUUGAAAAAAAAAUCACCUGUUAUUUUAUGCGUAUUUGUUUUUGUGUUGUGCCACUAAUGAUGUUUUGCCAAUUAAAUCCAGUUUAAUUGUAACAUACAUUCUUUGUUGUUUUUAAAGUUACCAAUUAACAGCUUCAUUUACUUAUUUAUUUAUGUGCAUAUAAACCUUUACAUUGUGUUAAGUUAAAAAUUAUAAACAAUGCAUGUCCGUAUUCAUUUUGUAUAAACUAAAACUGCAAAUUUGGCUUUCGUUGGUUAAGUAUUGUGUUUUUUCCUUGUACCAGCAUGAUCAAAAUAUUGAAAAAUAAAAAUAUUUUGAUGUGGGGAAAAAGA